GGCCAGGGACACCCAGACACGGCCAUGGUCCCCGCAAGACUCUUGUGGAUCUGCCUGCUGCUGGCAGGGGCCUGGGGUACUCAGGAUGGGGACGUGCGGCUGGCCGGAGGGAAGCGCGCCAAUGAGGGCCGCGUGGAGAUCUUCUACCGCGGCCAGUGGGGGACGGUGUGCGACGACCAGUGGGACCUGAGCGACGCCAGUGUGGUGUGCCGCGCGCUGGGCUUCCCCGCCGCCGCGCAGGCUCUGCCCAGGGCAGCCUUCGGCCCAGGAAGAGGCCCGAUCCUGCUGGACGAGCUGGAGUGCGCGGGCACUGAGGAGUCUCUGGCCAACUGCAAGUCCCAGGGCUGGCUGCAGAGCAAUUGCAAGCACGAGGAGGACGCCGGCGUGAUCUGCGCCAACCGAACCAGCAGCAACCACACCCUUGACCUGUCCAGCGAGCUGCUUGAGGCCCUGGAUCUGCUCUUCGACAGCCAGGAGGACUGUGACCUGUCCAUCCAGGUGCAGGCGAUGCCAGGACAGGAGAUGCUGGGCUUCUGUGCCCACAGGCUGGUCCUGGCCACCAACCCUGAGGCCCAGGCGCUGUUGAGUGAGGCAAACAGCACAGUUACCUUGAAGGUGGACAGCGAGUGUCUUCCUGUUGUUAGGGACUUCAUCAGGUACCUGUACUCACGACGGCUGGAUGUGUCCAUGGCCACUGUGAAGUGCUUCCACAAGCUGGCGUCCGCCUACCAGGCACCGCGGCUGCAGGAGCACUGUGGGCGCCUCUUCGCCGUCGUCCUGCCUGAGGACCCAUCCUUCCAGACCACGCUGGACCUCUAUGCCUACGGCCUAUCCUCGCAGGACCCCGUGCUGGAGGACCUCUGCGUGCGGUUCCUGGCCUGGAACUUCCAGAGCCUGAUGGAGUCCGAGGCCUGGCCUCACGUGCCGGUCACGCUGCUCCAGGCCUUGCUGUCCAGGAGCGAGCUGGCUGUGUCCAGCGAGCUGGCCCUGCUGAAGGCGCUGGACGCCUGGAGCCAGGCACAGCGCGCCCCCUCCUGGCAGACGGCGGAGCUGCUGGCCCAGGUGCGCUUCCCCAUGCUGCAGCCGCAGGAGCUCUUCGAGCUGCGGUUCAGCUUGGCGCUGUACCCGCGCCACGAGGAGCUGUUUCAGGCCAGGAUGUUGCAGGCCCUGGAGUUCCAUACGGUAUCCCACGGGCUGCUGAUCCAGUACCGCGGCCUCAACCUCACUGAGGACGCUUACCGGCCCCGGCUGUACACUGCGGCCCCCUGGGGCACCUUCCUCAAUGACACAGGCCGGGACAGGUCCCCCUGGGAGAGGAGAAGCUACUACAACUACCACACCCACCCCUACUCCCGCUCCCAGUCCUUCCAGACCCCCCAGCACCCCAGCUUCCUCUUCCAGGCCCGGAGCCUCUCCUGGGCCCUCUACGAGCUCCACUCCCUGGACAGGUGCCGGAACCAGGGCUUCUCCUGCACCUCCGCAGAGCUGCCGGCCCUGGGGCUCUACCGCUCCGGCUCCCCGGCCCCCGGCAUCACCUAUGACAACAAAGCCCUGAUGCUGUGUGGUGGGCAGCUCGUGGUCCACGUGUCCGACUUCCGCGGCCAGAUGGCCCCCAUCCCCGACGCCCAGGGCACCAGCGCGUCCAAGCGCGCCUCCUUCCCCUGCCCAGCGGGCCGUUUCAGCGCCUUCCACGUGGUCAUCCGCCCCUUCUACCUCACCAACGCCACCGACCUGUGCUAG